AUCCGCGAGCGGCUGUCGCUGCCGCUGUUGUCCGCUUUCUCGCCCUUUAUUCCAUCGUCCGCUCUCUGCACUCGCCUUCUCUCCUCUCGCGCUCUCAGCUUCCUUCGUCUUUCGUUCUUUCUUCCUUGUCGCGCCAUCGGUGAGAGUCGGCGGUCGCGAAAAUGCGCGAGCUUCGCAGCUCCUCCUCUCGCACCACCGUCUCGCACCGCGUCCCAGUGUUAAAUCGAAGCGCGAGUGGUGAAUCCCCGUCGAGCGCUCGCGCGAGACCGGCGCGAGAAACCCUCGUCGAUCGCGAUUGAUUCGAGCGAGUGUCGGACGCGCGCGAGAUCCGCGGAGUUACGGAGCGAACAUCUGUCGUCCUAUCGGCUAUACCGCAUACACAUACACGCACAUACAUAUACAGAGAGAAAGAGACGGAGAGCUUAUAGUGGGUGCUCCUUAUCGCUGCGCGAGUACCGUACGAGUAGAUCCUCACGGUACUCCUUUCGGUCGAUCUCAACCCUUGGACGAGAACCGGCCGCGAGAGAACGCGGAUUUCAGUUGGAAGAUGCUGUCCGGAGCGUGGUUCGAGACAAUCGCGACGAUACUGCUCACGAUUUUGGUGUUGGCCACUGGUUGCCGGCCGCCCUGGUGGUUUUGGAACAGGAACAACAAUGCCAGUUACGAUGCACGCGACAAGAGCAGGAAGUUUAAGACGGCGCGCGAGGUACCUGGCCCGUACGCCCUGCCGAUCCUGGGCACCAAUUGGAUAUACUCCCGUUGCGGCAAUUAUUGCAUGAACAAGAUUCACGAGGCGUACAAAGAUCUGAAUCGGCGAUACGGUGCGUUGUGCAAGGAGGAGGCAUUAUGGAACCGCCUCGUGAUCUCCCUGUUCUCUCGUAACGACAUCGAGACCGUUCUCCGACGGAGCUCCAAGUACCCACUUCGUCCUCCGCAGGAAAUCAUAUGCCACUACCGGAACAUCCGACGCGAUCGCUACACCAACUACGGCAUGGUCAAUGAACAAGGUGCAACAUGGCAUAAGCUUCGAGCAGCCUUAACGCCUGAACUCACAGGUGCCAAUACUGUGUUCAGUUUCUUUCCUGCGCUCAAUGUUGUCACCGAUGAUUUCAUCCAUUUAAUUCGCAAAGGAAGAACAGGCACCACCGUGAAAGGCUUUGAGGAAAUAGCCUACAGAAUGGGACUCGAGAGCACAUGUACCUUGAUCCUGGGGCGCCAUUUGGGCUUCCUUAAACCGGAUUCUAGCUGCAUGCUCACGACUAAAUUAGCGGAGGCGCUCAGGGUCCAUUUCACGGCCAUGCGCGAUGCCUUUUACGGUCUGCCUUUUUGGAAGCUGUUGCCGACAUCUUGUUACAGGCAGUUGAUAGAGAGCGAGGACACUAUAUACAACGUCAUCUCGGAGUUCAUCGAGACGACCAUGCAGGAGAAAGUGGACGAUGCCCACGACGAUUCUAUCGAGGCGGUGUUCCUGUCCAUUCUGCGGCACAAGGACCUCGACAUGAGGGACAAGAAAGCUGCUAUAAUAGACUUUAUAGCAGCAGGAAUACAUACACUAGGCAACACGCUGGUGUUCCUUUUCGACAUGAUCGGCAGGAAUCCCGAGGUACAAGCGAUCCUGUAUGAGGAGGUACGGUCUUUGGCGCCUCCUGGCUGCGAUAUCAGAAUGGAAGAUUUACGAAAGGCAAAGUAUUUGCGCGCUUGCAUCAUGGAAUCUUACAGAAUGAUGCCUACGGCACCGUGCAUAGCGCGCAUAUUGGACGAGCCUAUCGAAUUGGAGGAAUAUCGUCUCGAGCCCGGAACAGUAGUAUUAUUGCACACAUGGAUUGCGAGCAUGAAAGAAGAGAAUUUCAAAAACGCGUCCAAGUGCCAGCCGGAGAGAUGGCUACGACCGAUGAUGCCCAUGUCACCCCUACUGGUGGCGCCUUUCGGCGUCGGUAGAAGGAUAUGCCCAGGAAAACGAUUUGUGGAUCUCGCGCUGCAAUUGAUCCUAGCGAAGAUCGUCCGGGAAUUCGAGGUCGUCGUCGAGGAGAAACUCGAUCUGCUGUUUGAAUUUAUCCUGGCGCCGCAAGGUCCUGUAUCGCUCGGGUUCCGGGAUCGGCAGCUGGAAUAACCUGAGACCGAAUUUAUUAAUUUCGCCUGUCGAUCGUCCGCGGAUGACGAUUGGAUCAAUCGUCACGAGCGGACCCAAGUCGUACCUCGUACAAGUUCCGGCUCGAAUGAGCGCGCGUGCGCGCGCGCGCGCGCCCAGUUUUUCAUCAGAUUGAUUUCUCAAUUGAGUUAGUUAUUUUACGUUUGUAUUAUUUGAGAUACUUUUUAAUUCGUUGAAAGGAACUUCAUUCGUUCAUCGGCGAACAUGCAUUGUCCCGAGGAAAAGUGUACUGAGAUUUAAAAAAUAGAAUUCAAAAUCGAGAUUUAAAAUCAGAUUUAAAGUAGGAUAAAAAAUAAGAUUUAAAAGAGAUAAAAAAUGGGAUUCAAAAAAUAGGACAAUUUCCUGAGACAGUCGUGAUGCCGAAAUUCCAAUCUCCGAAAUAAUCUCACGAAAUACAAUUUUACUGAAAGAUUGAAAUUGUAUCGCUAUGUAGCCGAAUACAUUGAAGUAUUCGAACGAAAAUAUUCUCAAGCGGGUAGAUAUUGAAAUAUCUACAUAUAUGGUUUCCGGAAUAUUAGUUCUCCGGAGAAACAAUCGUAUGUUUUGGGAAAAUUGUGUUUUGAUGUGCUGCCUCGGCAUUCGGAUUUCGGUGUUGUGGACCUUCUCGGAAAAUUGUCUUAGUUUCCGAAUUUCGGGAUUUUGGUUUCUCGUGACAGUGCAUAAUCCACCUGUCCAUCGAGGGUAUUCGUCAUUAAUUGCUAAUGUUAUUAUAUUUAUAUUUAGUUGUAAGCCUAUAAGUGAUUGGGUUCCCUUACCUUUUAAGACAUUGACGCACAUUACUUGCAAUGCCCUGUAUCACACGUGCCACGCAUCUCACUAUCGUCAAUUCUUCCUUAUAUUUUCUGUUUUUCUUUUCUUCUUCUUCCUCUUUUUUAUUCAUGCGCUGCGAAAUUAAAGCCGCCUCGCGUCGAUCGUCGACCAGUCGAGAUUGCGCGGAAAACAGGCCGGCAGUAUUUAAUUUUUAACGCGAACGAGCCCGCGGGUAUCUUAGUAGCCUUACUAAGUUUUAUUUACGAUAACUAUAAUAUUAAUGUAAAAGUACAAAAGAUAGCACGAGAGAAGGUCGAAUGGGUGUGCGAUUAAAGAAAGGAGAAAAGAAAGUGAAAUGCAGCGCGACGAUCGUAUUUAAAUACGAUAGUUAAAAUAUUCGUAUACAUGAAGAAUAUUGAUCGCGAUCGUUAUAUAAAGCACUUACACAGAGCCAUAUUGAUUUAUCUGAUAAUUUGUCGCGAGUGUCCCUUAUCGAAUGUUAGAGAGACGUGUCCCCUAUUAACUGUAGAAAUCAGUAACUGGGACGACUGAGUUAACCCGCGUUUAAAAAUGGAACAUUCAUUUGCGGUAGCCGGUAUUCCACUGAGAUUACAAUCCACUGAGAGCAGCGCGAGAGAUCAAUUCUAAUUUAUAAUUAUUUAUUUCCACAAGCUGCAGAACUUAAUUGUCCGUUCACGGCGAGAGUGAGACGAUCCCGAUGUUGCCGAUCCGUCGACGGCGCAUCGAUUGACUAGCUGUGUGGCGUUAAACGUUAUACUUACGUUACUGUAUGAGAAGAAGAUAAAAAGAUUUAUACGCAAAGUAACCGCUAAAUCUUGACUAUCGAGGGAUGAUGUUGCCUCCCACUCGGGUAAUAAUGCUACUUAGAAUGCGCCGGAGUCGAAUUCGUAGCCCGGCGAGUGAUCUCAUUCAUGAAACAUCUCCCAGUCGGAGCGCGGUUCUUCAUGCAUUUUGAAAACGGAUCGUUUUAAUGUAACAUCCCUGUACAUAAAGCGUAUGUAGAUAUUUCUUGUUGAAUAUAGUGAAUAAAGUAUGAGGAAGUAUGCAAUGCGAA